CUAUUCUCACCAUAUUCCCAUCUUCCCAGCACGACAAGGAAUAUCAUCUUUCAUUCGUCUCUUCGUUCCUGGGCUGGCCCCUUUCUUUCUCUUCGUUCGCACUCCAGCUGCCAUUAUCAUCUUGAGAUUUCCGCUUUUCACAACGGCACAGAGCGUGCCUGCCCAUCCUUCUUAACAAUCCUUUCGUCCUUACUUAUAUCGGUUCCCCGAUCUUCAAGAAAAAAAACCCAAGUCGAAAUCAUGCGUGUCUCCUCCACCCUCGCCGCGGCUCUCAGCAUCGCCCCUUUUGUUGCUGCCCUCCCCUCGGCAGCGCCCCAGGAUGUUGCCUCCGGUUCACUGAGUUCUCGGCACUCGGGCAUUGCCUUGCCGCGUAGCUCAAUGGCGGGCAUGGACGCAGAGGCCAAGGCGGCCCUGCGUGCUCGCCGCAUCCAGGCCGCAACUCGGCGGCGGGCGAGGCGGGCAGUCAAGGUCCUCGACGACUCGGACGACAGCGGCAGCGACAGUGACAAUGGCAAUGCCGGCAAGGGGAAAGGUAGAGGCAAUGGCAAUGCUGGCGCCGCACCUGGCAAUGGCACCGCACCUGGCAAUGGUGCUGGCAAUGGCGCUGGAGCUGGAGCUGGCGCCGGUGCUGGUGCUGGUGAGGGCGCUGCCGGCGAGGAAGCGGAGAACAAAGGUGCGUUUGGCACGCUCAUCGAUCUCCAGGGUGGUGAUCUCAAGCAAGACACACUCUUCCCAGCGACCGUCGGCCAGUUUGAAGUCGAGUUCUCCGCUAAGACGGCCCGCAAGCUCGCGGUCCUCGAGAACAAGGCCCCCGGGCCGCCUCCAGCGGGCUUCAAGCUGCUGAACCCGAGCUCGUUCCUCGUCGUGGUCCAGGGUGGCGGUGGCAAUCUCACACUCGGCAAAAUUGACUUUCAGUUUGACGUGACCAACCCCGCCCUCGCAGGCCUGGACCUUACCACCACGGCGACCGGCAAGUUCAACGACGCCCUCGGGGUCUUUGAGAUUGGCGACGCCGUGGGCGAGAAGGAGUUCGAGGCGGACGAGAACGAGCUAGUGCUCAAGGUCACCAACCUCGACGGCGAGUUUGCCAUCUUCGUCCCCGACGCGGCGGCACCGGCGGCGGCACCACCAGCUGCUGCUGCUCCGCCGCCGCCGGCUACUGCCACGCCUCCCGUCGCCGUCCGUGGCGGCGGGGCUGUGGCGCGCCGUCGCUGGUGGUAAAAAGAGAAAAAAAAAAAAAAGGCAUCGUUUUGAUGGUUUGCGAGACUCAGCGAGGCUGCCAUUAUGAUCUGGAGAGGGGGUUUCCUAGAAGGCAUGUGAAGCUAGGAGGGACUGGAGGAGGCCAGGAAGAUGAGCGUUGGCCAUUCAUUGGCUCAAUGGUACAUGGCAUGCGGGAGCGCUUCUUUCGUGGUUUCGUCGGCAGACCUUUUUUGUAUAUGCUGCGCGCGUCUUUGUGUUUUGUGUGUUGUGUGUCUCGAGUAUGUAAGUCAGGAACUUACCCAGAAUCCAUCCUGUCCUUACCGGCGAGCAUACGGUAGAAGACCGGCAACACGGUGCAAAAGGUGACUCGGUCUUAAUUUCUAUCACACCCGCGCAACCAGGACCGGCUUUGCGCAGAA